UACACUCAACGGCGGAUUUAGGGGGGAGAUAUUAUGAGGCUGGUGUCAUUAGGCGAUAGCCAUUGAAUCAUUCAAGCUUUUUUUACUAGCCGUAUUUUUCGGGUUUUUUCCCCCCUUUUUCUCGGUAAUUUUCUUUCUCUCUCAGGUCAUUUCCAUGGUUUUCAGAUCCCCUUUAGAGCUUUAUCCCUCCCAUUUCUUCCUGCCUAACUUCGCUGAUCGCCCACUACUGCUGGCGAACAGCGCUCCCGCCGCCAGGUCUCCAGAAGACUUGUCCAUGUUUCAGCUACCGACCCUCAACUUCUCCCCGGAGCAGGUGGCGAGCGUCUGCGAGACGCUGGAGGAGACCGGGGACAUCGAGCGGCUGGGCCGCUUCCUCUGGUCCUUGCCGGUGGCUCCGGGAGCGUGCGAGGCGAUCAACAAGCACGAGUCCAUCCUGCGCGCCCGCGCCGUGGUGGCGUUCCACACGGGGAACUUCAGAGACCUCUACCACAUCCUGGAGAACCACAAGUUCACCAAGGACUCGCACGGCAAGCUGCAGGCCAUGUGGCUGGAGGCGCACUAUCAGGAGGCCGAGAAGCUGCGCGGUCGUCCCCUCGGACCUGUCGACAAGUACCGGGUGCGGAAGAAGUUUCCGCUGCCUCGGACCAUCUGGGACGGGGAGCAGAAGACGCACUGUUUCAAAGAGCGGACGCGGAGCCUGUUGCGGGAGUGGUACCUACAGGACCCGUAUCCGAACCCGAGCAAGAAAAGGGAACUGGCUCAAGCCACUGGACUCACUCCUACACAGGUCGGGAACUGGUUUAAAAACCGGAGGCAAAGAGACAGAGCAGCGGCGGCCAAAAACAGGCUCCAGCACCAAGCAAUAGGACCGGCCGGCAUGAGGUCCCUCUCGGAGGCCGGACUCACCCCUCACAGCUCGGCCGAGUCGCCCUCGACCGCGGCCAGCCCCACUACCAGCGUUUCCAGUAUGACAGAGCGAGUCGACACUGGGACGUCCAUCCUGUCCGUCACAUCCAGCGACUCGGAGUGCGACGUAUGAUACGGCGAGGAGGAGGAGGAGGAGGAGGGGGGGGGAGGUGGUGGAGGAGUGCGGGUUGGGAGGUCAAAACAAGAAGAAGACAAAAAAAAAGGAAAAAAAAAGAGAGAAAUAUUUACAGGGGAAAACGGACCCGAGAAGAUGAAAAAAAAAAAAAGACUCAUGAGAAAAGGACCGAUUGAUAUAAAUAUUAAAAUAAAAAGAGAUAAAAGCACGUCUUUUUUUUAUUAAAGCGCUUUCAAAGGACCCACGCCUACCCCUCCUCUUCAUCCCCCCUCCACACCAACAUCAACACUAGACUACUUGCAUGAUUUUUUUUUAUUAUUAUUAUUAUUCUUUUCCAUUUUUGUAAUCAGGGAAAUCAACCUGAAUGCAAGAUUUUUUUUUCUCCACCCCCCCCUCCUCCCCCCA